CAUACCACGACUCCAAAUAAUUGUAUUACCAUGUGCUUCCACGGUCCCGUUUCGCUUAUCAAGAAGGUCCUGCCCUUCAGCUCCCAGGGAUCCAGUCUCCUUAUAUUGGGACUAGACAAUGCUGGAAAAAGCACGCUGACAUCUAGACUGGCAGGAAUCUUAAAUGGCGCUUCGAAGGAAUCUACCAAAGAAGCCUCCGAAUGGACUUUCAAGGUAAACAAAUCGAAACUCCAAUUGUGGGAUAUAAAUGGAGACCUCAAGAACCGGCAACUUUGGCCCAAUUACUACCAAAAAGCAAAGGUCUUGAUUUUCGUCAUAGAUAGUAAGGAUGGUGUGCGGCUAGGCGAGGCUCGUUGCGUCCUUUGCGAUGUCCUUUUGCAUGAGGAGCUCCACAAAGCUCCCCUGCUUAUUGUUUCGAAUAAAAAGGACACCAGUGGAUCCCUGCCCUCUUCCACUGUAAUUGACAUGAUGGGCUUGGAUCGCCUAGAGGGGCGUGAAUGGGCAAUCAAGGAAUGCUCGGUGGAAACGGGUGAUGGAGUUCAGGAUAUUGCUGACUGGAUUACUGCCAAAAUAAAGAACUAA